AUGCGGUACGAUAUCACGAUUCCCUCGCAUGGCGAGACCCUGGCAGCGUGGGUCUAUCCUGGGUCUACCAAGCCGGGACCUUGCAUCAUCCUGGCGCACGGUUUGGGCGCCGUGCGCGAGAUGCGCCUCGAUGCGUUCGCCGAGCGCUUCCAGCAGGAGGGCUACACCUGCCUCGUCUUUGACUACCGAUGCAGCGGCUCCUCGUCUGGAAAGCCACGCGGCCUCGUCGACUUUGCACGCCAGCAAGAGGACUGGGACGCGGUGCUGGACCAUGUCAAGUCGCCCUCGAUGGCGGACGUCAUCGACCCGACCAAGCUGGCCAUCUUUGGCACCAGCUUCGGCGGCGGCCACGUCAUUCAGGUCGCUGCAAGGCACCCUGAGCUCAAGGCGGUCAUCAGCCAGUGCCCCUUCACCUCGGGCCUGUCCAGCAGCUUCACCACGGGUGUCUGGCCGUUGCCCAAGCUCCUCUGGCUCAGCUUGAGAGACGCUCUCUUUGGCACGGACGAUGCGCCCGUCAGGGUGCCCCUCGUGGGCAAGCCUGGCGACGCGGCACUCAUGAACGCGCCCGACGUCGAGCCCGGCUACAAGGCCCUGAUCCCCCCCGGCCUGACCUUUCUCGAAGAGAUCCCGGCCCGCUUCAUCCUCAAGCUGCCCCUCCUCCGUCCCGGCUCGUACGCCUCGUCGGUCAGCUCGCCGAUCCUCUUUGCCAUCUGCGGAAGGGACUCGGUCGCGCCACCCGGUCCCUCGCUCUCGUAUGCAAAGUCGGCAAAGAAGGGCGUGGUAAAGCACUACGACGAUAUGGGCCACUUUGACAUCUACACUGGCAAGGACUUUGAUCGUGCUACAAAGGACUACGUGGCCUUUCUCGCAGAGAACCUGCCCGUGCCCAAAGCCAAGCUGUAG